AUGAUUGAUGCUGCUGCUGCUGCUGCUGCUGCUGCUGCUGCUGCUGCUGCUGAUGAUGAUGAUGAUGAUGAUGAUGAUGAUGAUGAUGAUGAUGAUGAUGAUGAUGAUGGCGGCGGCGGCGGCGGCGGGGGCGGGGGCAUCAGCGAGACGGUUCCGCAAAAAAUGUCGCAUGCGGUGUACGAGAAUGGUGGGAUAAUCGUUGGCAGUGCGAGUAAUUCGUCUUGGGGACGGACGGUGUGGCCAAAAACAAACUCAGUGAAAUGGCAAUGA